AUGGCUGCCGCUGUGAAGCCGACAAAGAAUCAGCUUAAGCGAGCAAAGAAGAAGGCCGAGAAGGAGAAGAAAAAGGUAUACUUGUUCUCUUGUAAACCUGUACACAAGAUUAACAACAUGCAGGCUGGCAACGAACAAACCCCUGACACCGAUGGAAAUACCACCAAACCUGAGCCAAGAGAAGAGCCACCCGAAGCACCGAAUGGCGGAAAGACUAGAUCUGAAGAAGCGCGCAAUGGCGGCCCCAUAAGUGAGCCCCUCAUCGUCGACGAGGAGAAUCCUCUGUUCGACAUGUAUAAAGACGUCAUGGGAAAAUUCGAAGAGGUGGAUAAGGAAGGUCCCGCGCUGAAGGAGCCAGAGAAGCCUGAAGUGUAUUAUGACGACGAUGAUGAUAUUCCAGAUGAAGAUGAGGAGAAUUCAGUGCCAAAAAUCUCAAAGAAAAAGAAGAAAGAGAUGACAAAGCUGUCUGUGGCAGAACUGAAGGCUCUUGUCAAAAAGCCUGAGAUGGUGGAAUGGACAGACACCUCGGCACCCGAUCCGAAGUUGUUAGUCCACAUCAAGUCAUAUCGAAACGUUGUUCCUGUGCCGAGCCACUGGUCGCUUAAGAGAGAGUAUCUGUCUUCCAAACGGGGUAUCGAAAAGCCGCCUUUCGCGCUGCCGAAAUUUAUCCAAGAAACCGGUAUCGCAGAAAUGCGAGACGCGAUUUUGGAGAAGCAGGAAAACGCCACAUUGAAGCAGAAACAACGUGAGCGAGUACAGGGAAAGACAGGCAAACUUGAUAUUGAUUACCAGAAACUAUACGACGCGUUCUUCAGGUUCCAGACCAAACCAGAGUUGACUAGGUAUGGCGAGGUCUAUUACGAGGGCAAGGAGUUUGAAACGAAUCUACGACACCUGCGACCCGGGGAAUUGUCUGAUGAAUUGAAGGAGGCGCUCAACAUGCCCCCUGGUGCACCUCCUCCGUGGUUGAUCAAUAUGCAGAGAUACGGACCCCCCCCUUCGUAUCCUGCCCUGAAAGUCCCUGGAGUGAAUGCUCCUCCCCCACCCGGCGCAAGUUGGGGAUUCGCACCUGGACAAUGGGGCAAACCACCCGUUGAUGAAGCAACCAACAGACCUCUAUACGGUGGCGACAUCUUCGGCGUACUACAACAGCAACAGAACGCCCAGCAAGGCGAACCCGUCGAGAAAGAACUGUGGGGUGAGUUACAAGAACAAGAAGAAUCAGAGGAGGAGGAGGAAGAGGAGGAGGAAGACGAAGAAGAAAUCGAUGGUGGGUUAGAGGCUUCAACUGGUCUGGAAACACCCAGCGGCAUGACCUCUGCCGUGCCCACUGAGAUUGGUGGCACGGAAACCGUCUCCGAGUUCGACUUACGCAAACGCCGUGGCACGGAAACCGAAGAGUCAUCUCACCCACGGUCCGCAUAUCAAGUCAUUCCGGAACGCCAGUCUCGUGUCGAGGGUUUCUUCGGUGGCGACCGUGUCUACGAUUUAAAGGCCGCUCAACAGCAAGCCGCCGCUAACAUCCCUGUCCUCGGGCAAGAUGAUACCUCUCGGAAACGCAAGAAGCCUGGCGAUGUGGAUGUGUCAAUGGACCCGGAUGCUCUUGCUGCACACGAUGGAAUGGAUAAAGAAGAACUGCGCCGGGCGUACGAGCAGGGUCGUAGAGCGGAGCAGAAUCCAAAUUGGGAUUUCCAGGAAGAUUUGUCCGAGAUGAUUGCGACAGAAUCAAGGAAGAGGCAGAAGAGGGAUGAAGAGAGGAGAGGAAAGAGAUGA